GGUUGCCUGACCUUUGUCCCGGCGACAUUGACCAAUCAGCGGCGAGAUGCUAAUGAGCCACGUGGCCUAUAGCUGUCAAACAAAAAAUGCUCUACUCCCAUAGCAUGCCAGAACUCCGCGUGGUUUCACCGAGGAAGAGCGUAGCGCAUGUUGUGAGAGUUUGACAGUUAGGAAAGUGGUUUAAACUGAACCGGCAAGCUGGAUUUCGGAUUUCAAAGCGUCCAUAUGGACAAAAUGCGCUCCAAGCGAGUUCGAGAAAAGAACUCCAAGAGUUGGUUAAGUGACGAUUACGACUCGGGAGACGGCAAAAGAGACGACUCGAACGUUGGGUACGAAUCAUCCGCCAAGAAACGAAGGGGGAAUUUACCCAAAGAGUCUGUGCGUAUUCUCAAGGGUUGGUUGUACGAACACAGAUACAACGCAUACCCGACGGAUCAGGAAAAGGUGUACUUGUCAAAUGCGGCAAAUCUGACAGUGUUACAGGUGUGUAACUGGUUUAUUAAUGCCAGACGCCGGAUUUUACCUGAGAUGAUUAAGAAGGAUGGCAUGGAUCCAUUACAGUUCACAAUCACACGGAAAAAUAAAGAAAAGUCUUUUUCUGAGGAGGAAGACAACCGAAAGUUUUGCCUUACAGAGAGUGACAGAAAGUUUGACAAUUCCGAAGACAGUGCGUCCAGUCGCGAUUCUGAUCUUUCCCCAUACCCUGUUUCCAUGGACACGGAUGGAUACCUUUCCGACAGCGAAACAUCGUCGUGUGAAUAUUACUCGGAUCAUGAAAAUCUGAACAGAUUGCCGGCAUCGAGGCUUUCUACAUCGGUUGCCCCGCAUAUGAACUUUAGCCCUCACCCACGGGACAAUAACGCCAACACCCCACCCCCCUCCUCCCCUGCCCCAAGCAGUACGGGGAAAGAGGACAUAUUCAGGUGUUUUUACAUGCUUGUUGAUGUUGCCAUCAGUCAAUUGGAGAAACAGAGACAGAUUGAGAAAUUAGAAGGUAACAAAGAGACUAAGUGAGAGGAAGAGACGAGUUGUCUCCCCUGAGUGCAAACUGUCAGAUUCAAGCAACAUGUGCGAGCCGGGAGCACAUGUCGGCGGCGAGUUUCGAUGGGACGAAAUAAACUAGUUUUGCUAACACUGCCAUUUGUGGACACAGCGUGUCACGCAUGUACAUUUCCUGUUAAUUACCUGCACUUUGACAUUCGGACAGCUUUUGAUGAAUUUCUAUGCAAGACCACUCGGGUGUGGAACAUACGUGCGGUGUUAUUAAUGACGAACUGUGGCAAUAUUCAAGUUCACUUCAGUGAAAUGGAUGUACAUUUCAAGGAGGUUUUUGUCAACUAAAAAUUCUUAUACGGUACAGGCGGACUACCGGGACUGAGUGUCAAAUACAUGCAAUAAUUAUGUUUCUUAAUAAUAGUUCAUUAUAUAUACAUUCAAACAGUGACUUCAAACAAUGGCUGAACCAAAGCAUUUGUGUAUUUUUAUACGAUUCUUGAGUUUGAAACGGGAUAGGCAUAUGUCCCAAAUGGGUUGUCAUUUACAACAAACGUUAAAGCAUUUUCUCCCAAACAUUCGUAAAUAUCAAAAUUUCAUCGUUUCAUUAGUACCGUGUGCAAAUGUCUUUUCAGCCUUUAGGCUACACAGGUGAAUACCUGUCGCAUUUUACAGGUAACCUAUUCAUUUCCAACCGUCAAUAGAAAUCGUCUCUUAUUGUCGCUGAAUGCAAAGUACGGUCGGGCAAGACCGCGUGGUCUUCUGGCUGCAUUGGGGCUCUCCCAGCUGACGCGAAGGUCACGUGACCGCUAAACCACGUGGUCGCGCUCGCAUUCGGUGACAGGUUACGAAGACAAAGGCAUAAUUCACUCAAGCAUAUGUUCGCUCAUUUUCGCCGAAGCCAAUAUUGUUUUAAACAGUAGUGCUCGUUUUUCAAUUAAAUAUUAACGGCUUAUGUUUUCUGCGUAUUUAUUGGGGACUGUUUUCAACGAAAUCGCUUUACGACCUUUUUUUGACAUUGAUUGACAGAUGGUCAAGACCACGUGGGUUUGAAAUCAAUGUCGUUUGAGUUACAUUGCAUUUUGCAAACAGAUUGUAUCUUCCAAAUUGGUUGUUUUUGGCCUUUUUAAGUGCGCAUUUAUAAUGAUCAUUCAUUCUCAAUUUACUGGUGUUUUCAAGCAUUUGGGACGCAUCGUUUUAUAUUCUUUAUACAAUUUGUGGCAUUGUAUCAUGCGUGCUAUUUGGGUAUUUUAUGUGUCAUUCAUAUACCAUUGGAAAGAAAUAUUUUUGAUGUCACAAGAUGAUCAUUUUGUAUAAAUUGUACAAAAAAAAAAAGAAAGAAUUAAAUAUAUCAAUUGUA